UAGUGUUUUUGUUAAUAUAUUUUAAAUUAAUGCCCCACUUUCAUAUAAGAUCUCUUUUGUAAUAAAAUGGAGUUUAAGCGCAAAACAAAGUCAAAUAGUCAACUUGAAGUGUCUCUCAAUGGCGGAACUGUGGCUUUAAAUAAUAAACGGAGUGAAACAGCGAUGAGCCCUGCCCCUCCCGCGCCGCACGACAAAAGUAUAAAACAACACAACGUGACAAAACAGUCGUUUACCGUCAGUGGAGGAAAGAGUACGUACGAAAUGGAGCGAGAUCGUAUCGGAGUGUGGGGUUCAGGAGACGGACAGUCUAACAGCCGACUGUCAGGCCUCGACCGGCUGAAGCACCCCGGACUCAACAAGGGCAUGGCGUUCUCCAUCGAGGAACGUCAGGUGAUGGGCAUCCACGGUCUACUGCCGCCUAAGGUGAAGAGCCAGGAGGAGCAAGUCCAGCUCUGCAAGCUCUCCAUUGAGAGAUACGAGGACCCACUCAACAAAUACAUAUAUCUUAUGGGUUUACUGGACCGCAACGAGCACCUGUUCUACCGCUUCGUGGGCGAGAACGUGGCGCAGAUGAUGCCAAUAGUGUACACCCCCACCGUGGGGCUGGCGUGCCAGAAGUACGGACUGGUGUACCGCCGCCCGCGGGGACUCUUCAUCACCAUCAACGACCGCGGACACGUCUACGAGAUGCUGAAGAACUGGCCUGAAACAGAUGUACGAGCCAUCGUAGUGACAGAUGGAGAACGUAUCCUGGGUCUGGGAGACCUGGGCGCCUGUGGGAUGGGCAUACCCGUUGGAAAACUGGCGCUCUACACGGCUCUGGCAGGAAUCAAACCUCACCAAUGCCUGCCCAUUACCCUUGAUGUGGGAACCAAUAACCAGACAAUGUUGGAUGACCCCCUGUACAUCGGGCUGCGACAGAACCGCGUGCGUGGGGCUGCCUACGAUGAGUUCAUUGACGAGUUCAUGCAGGCCGUGGUGAGACGCUUCGGACAGAACUGUCUCAUCCAGUUCGAAGACUUCGGCAACGCCAACGCCUUCCGCCUGCUGGAGAAGUAUCGCGGGAAGUACUGCACGUUCAACGAUGACAUCCAGGGUACGGCCGCUGUAGCCGUGGCGGGGUUGUUGGCCAGUCUGAGACUAACCGGGAAGAAACUGUCCGAAAACGUGAUCGUCUUCCAGGGAGCUGGAGAGGCGUCUCUUGGAAUCGCACAGCUCUGUGUAAUGGCUAUGUUAGCUGAAGGUGCGACGGAGGCAGAGGCCAAGGACCGCAUCUGGAUGGUGGACUCGAAGGGACUCAUUGUGAAAAACAGGCCAGAAGGUGGCCUCAAUGAGCAUAAAGAGAAGUUCGCCAAAGAGCGCGCUCCGAUCAAAACUCUUGCUGAAGUUGUGGAUGUCGCUAAACCGUCCGUUCUUAUUGGCGCGGCGGCGAUCGGCGGCGCCUUCACGCCGGAGAUCCUCCGCGCGAUGGGCGCCAACAACUCGCGGCCCGUCAUAUUCGCGCUGUCAAACCCCACCAGCAAGGCGGAGUGCACGGCCGAGGAGGCCUAUGUCAACACCGACGAGCGCGCAAUAUUCGCGUCCGGGUCACCGUUCCCGGACUAUCGCACCAAGGACGGGCGCGUGCUGAAGCCAGGCCAGGGGAACAACUCGUACAUCUUCCCAGGACUGGCGCUCGGUAUCAUCAGCGCGGGGAUCGUCGAUAUAUCCGAGGACUUCAUGUUGCUCGCGGCUGAGGCUCUUGCCGAAAUUGUGACGCAAGAGAACUUGGACCAGGGCGGUCUGUAUCCACCACUGGAAGACAUACAAGACUGCUCUGUUAAGAUCGCCAAGAAGAUUGUCGAGCACGCUUAUAAGACAGGUAAGGCCUCGGUACAACCACAGCCGCUAGAUGUCGAGAAGUUCAUCCGUUCUCAGAUGUACGACGUGCGAUAUCCCCCCGCGGUGCCGCCCGUCUACUCGUGGCCCGAAGACGGACCCAGGGUCAACCAAAUGUAGACACGACGAAAUACUUGCGUCCACAGGAAACGACAACUUAUGUUUUUUGAAUAAGGAUGAGAGUUGUAUAAGAAUUAUUGGACUUUAAAGCUAUUUUGGACUGCUGAAGUUUAUUAUAAAUUGUGUUGAAUUGUUUCGGGAUUAUUUCUUAUUUAUAAAUGAUUUCCCUCACUACUGGGAUUAUAAGUUUAAAUUUUUUGUACUAAAAUUUUUGAUGAUGCGGGAUUCGACCCUACCCUUCUAGAUAUGGUCCAUAAGGUACAGAGAAUUUUAACGUUUUAGAAUCUUAAAAAAACUGUAUUAGUAUAGUUGGUUAUUUCGUUUCCACAAAACAUUAUUAAUUAAUUUUCACAACAACGACAUCACAACAAUGACUUUGGUUUAGGAAAAAUUUAAGGUAUUGCACAGACCUACCUAUAUAUUUGUAAAAAAAAACAUAAGUGUAAUAAUAUGCUAUAUCCGUAAGCAAUAACGGUAAACUUAUUUAGAUUGUAACUUUCAUUUUAUUUUUAAUUAUUUUGUAAGCAGGAAUAUGACGUAUAAAUAUUAUUAUCAGAAUUCUUAAUAUUUGUGUUCUAUUUUCAAAACUUCUCCUUUUUACAUUUUUAAUAGAUAUUAUCCCUCUCUUUAAACACUGUUGCAUUAAUAAUAAUUCACACAGAUUCAAUUAUUUUGUGCUAAGAUUAAUUAGAUUUAUAUAUCUUACGCUCUUGGCUAAGCGUGUGAUCGUAGAUUAUAUUUGCUGAUUGUAUUUCCUAAUUUUAAUGAGUUGAAAUCUGUGAUAUGCAUUAGAUAGAUGGGCUAAAAUCUAAAUUUUAAUUCAAUCUUUAUUUAAAUUUAAUAUAACUUUAAGCUUAUUUUAAGGACGUAGAAUUUGAUACAUUAUGUGUAAUCCAAUAAUUGCAUAUUUGCCUGUAAGACAUUCCGCGUUUUGUAGAAGAAAAAUAACAUAUUGAACUUUACAUUAAAUUGCCAUGUUUGAAGGUGAAUGAGUUGUUUUAUAUUACCUACUUUAAAAAAUGAAUAUAUUUAUGUUAGGAGAA